GCGACGAGACCUUUUCUGCUUCCGUUCAAUCACAUCUUCCUUUUUACGUACGCUUCGUUAGAAAAGGGGUAAAAAUGGGCCGACGUCCAGCAAGAUGCUACCGCUAUUGUAAAAAUAAGCCUUAUCCUAAAUCACGGUUUUGUCGGGGUGUUCCGGACCCCAAAAUUCGUAUUUUUGAUUUGGGAAGAAAGAAGGCUACUGUUGAAGAUUUCCCCCUUUGCGUUCAUUUGGUUUCUGACGAAUAUGAACAACUAAGUAGUGAAGCUUUGGAAGCUGGACGCAUUUGUUGCAACAAGUAUUUGGUAAAAUACUGCGGAAAGGAUCAGUUCCACAUCAGAAUGCGUCUACACCCAUUCCAUGUCAUUCGUAUUAACAAAAUGUUGUCGUGCGCUGGAGCUGAUAGACUCCAGACCGGAAUGAGAGGUGCGUUUGGAAAGCCGCAGGGUACGGUGGCCCGAGUUCGUAUUGGACAACCAAUUAUGUCUGUCCGCUCAAGCGAUCGUUACAAGGCUCAAGUUAUUGAAGCGUUGCGUCGUGCUAAGUUUAAGUUCCCUGGACGUCAGAAGAUUUACGUCUCCAAGAAAUGGGGAUUUACCAAGUACGAACGGGAGCGCUAUGAGGAACUUCGUGAUGACAACCGCCUAGAGCCCGAUGGUUGCAAUGUAAAAUACCGCCCCGAGCAUGGUCCAAUUGCGGCUUGGGAAAAAGCUCAGCGUGAAGUUUAUGCUUAAUUAAAUUGCAACUGAAAUGUCGCAUAAACAAGUAUAAACUAUGUAAAUCGGAAACAAUAUAAAUAAAUAUUAUUUAUAUUGUUCACAUA